AUGCAUUUGAUGAUGAUUUAUAUCAGUCAAGCCAGUAAGCCGCACAGAGAGAGAGAGAGAGAGAGAGAGAGAGAGAGAGAGAGAGAGAGAGAGAGAGAGAGAGAGAGAGAGAGAGAGAGAGAGAGAGAGAGAGAGAGAGAGAGAGAGAGAGAGAGAGAGAGAGAGAGAGAGAGAGAGAGAGAGAGAGAGAGAGAGAGAGAGAGAGAGAGAGAGAGAGAGAGAGAGAGUUUGAGAGAGAGAGAGAGAGAGAGAGAUAACGUGAUUGUGCAUGUGGACGCACACCCGGAUCUGGGACUGCCAGAGGGGGCCUCGCAUGACCGGGUCUACACGGCAAGCUGGUGCCGAGAAGAGUGCGACAUUAGUACCUGGCUCUUGCCCCUUGUAUAUACUCGCAAUGUGGCACACGUGGUCUGGAUCAAGCCGACCUGGGCCAACCAACUGGCCGUCGGCUGCUACGAGCUGGGCGUCGGGACAGAUCCUUCUCGCAACAAGCUCUGUGUGACGCUGCCGCUGGGCUACUACCUCGCGAAUGGCGAGUAUGCGCCAGCCGAGACAUUGGAUGACAUUCGCUAUUGCCGCCUGCACGUCGUCGAGGCCACCGGUGCCGGCUUCUGGCUGGACAUUUGUCUCGACUACUUUUGGUGCCACAACCCCUUCAAGGAUCAAAUGGCCGCUGCUCACGGUGCGGCGCUGUAUGAGGAGCUCUGCGCUGCAGUCGCCACCGUUGCUACCCUACCGCAGGAUCACCAGCUGUAUGCAGACUCCACUGAAGCGCUGGCCGUGCAGUCGGCUUGGCAAUCAUCAGUGAAGGAGUUACAGGAGGUGUUGACCGCAGCCCAGAAUUCUGCCUCAUCGUGCACAUCAGCCUCGCCAGGCCAGCAGACCGGAUCGUGGAGUCGCGUGGCGGAAAUUGCAUCGCAGAUCUUUGGCGAGGCGUCUGAUUGCACACCAGAAUGGCUGUUGUCAGCGAUUGAGUGUCAGCAUCUUCCCGAGAGUCCCCAUGUCACCACCAUGGACGUGCAGCAGGCCUUGAAGCGGUUGGCACAGUUUCUCUUAGAUAUGGAUGCUGGUGCCCGUGCCCUGGUGGUAACGGUAGCAAGAUCUGUGUCAGAUGGAUAUUGCCCUGCACAGGUCGAACCGGGUUUUCAGACCGCCCAGGGUGCGGCCGGGCUGGCCAGCAACGACCAAAUUUGUCAGCUCGUGCUUGACUGGGUGCAGGAGCAUUGGGGCCACGACGGUGUGACAGGCACGGCCGAUGGCGCGCAACCAAAAGCCAAGCGUCGUGUGCCUUGA